AUGUGGCUAUCACGGCCGCCAAUCCGGCGUAUAGCAACUUUGGCUGCCCUUGUUGCCUCGCUGCCGGCUACCUCUGCCUGGCCGACCUUUCCCUUUCUUCAUCCUCGCGAACUAAUCGGUGGCUUGGCCGACGACGUCGCCACGGACGUCGCAAGCAAUGUGGUCGGCGUUGAAACCACAGCCGGGAACAACGACGCGGGUACCUAUGCACCAGCACCGACACCUGCAACUGCACCCACCCAUAUCAACCUAUACACUCCAGCGCCGACACCUGCCGCCGACCCAGCUGAAGCCACCGUCAGCGUCGGUGGAGGAAACACGCAUCUGUCGGCAGGGAUCGGUGUGCUGGACGGUGUGCAGUUGGGGUCCAACAACCUGAACCCCGGCUUCAACGUACUAUGCUCAACCUUCACAAUCUUCACUGCUGUCACCGUCACCACCGUCUGGACCGAGACAAUUCUCGUUUCCACAGCCUGCCCAACGUCACCAGCGAAAACGACAACGUCUCCGGGAACGGGCAUCACCGUCACCGUGCUGGACAUCGAGCUAGGUAUCAGCGGGCUCACGGCGACGGCUGAAGCUGAAGUCGCUGCGAAGCGCCGGCGCUGGGGUAUGCCGCGCCUGCCGCUGUUCAAUUGGCAAACAACAGGUACGGUGUCCGGUCUUGGAUAUACCACAGAAACUGAGCGUACCCUUACGACAGCAUCGCAGCCAAGCAGCCCCGUGCCUUUGAGCAGUUCGGUGGACAGCAUGAGUAGCAGUGGCACGACAGCUCCGCUCUCAUUAUCAGCUGGUCCUCCGACUCCAUCUACACCGGCCUGGACUUCGCAUAGCACAGGACAUGCUUGCGAGACCAACUCGACGACUGUAUUGACUUCUACGUUUAUCUCGUUUGACCCAGUGGUCACUUCGGAUCGAGCCUUCCUCGAGCAGUUUUACAUUGACAUCAAGUCCGCAAAAAAGCCCUUCGUCCUCGACCUCGUCCAAAUCAACUACGGCGCCUCCGAAUACCUCGUUGCCGAAGACAACAUCAACUCCCAAGACUACGUCAACGCCCCAGAGAUCUACAACACCCGAGACUACAUCAACACCUAG